AUGCUGAAGCUGGUCAAAGUUACACUGCACAUCUGGUCCUUGGAGGGUCUUCAGACAGAGGGAGCUUCUUCUCUCCUGGUAAUUGAGUUCUGUAUGCAGAAGAGUGCAAAGCUGGUGCCAGGAGUGACCUUGGACCUAAUUGAGAAGAUCCCGGGCAGGCUGAAUGACAGAAGGACACCAUUAGGGGAGCUGAACUGGAUUUUCACAGCUAUCACUGACACAAUUGCAUGGAACGUCCUGCCGAGAGAUCUCUUUCAGAAAUUGUUUCGUCAAGAUCUUUUGGUGGCCAGUCUAUUUCGAAAUUUCUUAUUGGCUGAGAGAAUAAUGAGGUCAUAUAACUGUACACCAGUCAGCAGCCCCAGGUUGCCACCCACAUACAUGCACGCUAUGUGGCAAGCGUGGGACCUUGCGGUGGACAUCUGCCUCUCCCAGCUUCCCACCAUCAUCGAGGAGGGCGCAGCUUUCAGGCAUAGUCCAUUCUUUGCUGAGCAGCUGACAGCCUUUCAGGUGUGGCUGACAAUGGGCUUGGAGAACAGAAACCCACCGGAGCAGCUGCCCAUCGUCCUGCAGGUCCUCUUAAGCCAGGUACACAGACUGAGGGCACUGGAUUUGUUGGGGCGAUUUCUGGACCUGGGCCCUUGGGCCGUCAGUUUGGCUCUUUCAGUGGGGAUUUUUCCGUAUGUGUUGAAACUGUUGCAGAGUUCAGCAAGAGAGCUCAGGCCUCUUUUGGUCUUCAUAUGGGCAAAGAUCUUGGCUGUAGAUAGUUCAUGCCAAGCUGAUCUUGUAAAAGACAAUGGACACAAGUACUUCCUGUCAGUACUGGCUGACUCGUACAUGCCCGCUGAGCAUCGAACCAUGGCAGUCUUCAUCCUUGCUGUCAUUGUCAACAACUACAACACAGGACAGGAGGCAUGUCUGCAGGGUAACCUGAUUGCAAUCUGUCUGGAGCAGCUCAUUGACCCUCAUCCUCUUCUGAGGCAGUGGGUGGCAAUCUGUUUGGGCCGAAUCUGGCAGAAUUUUGAUUCUGCACGCUGGUGUGGAGUUCGAGAUAGUGCCCAUGAGAAGCUCUACAGUCUCCUGUCUGAUCCUAUACCAGAGGUGCGGUGUGCAGCUGUGUUUGCGUUGGGUACAUUUGUGGGGAAUUCUGCUGAGAGAACCGAUCAUUCUACCACCAUUGAUCAUAAUGUGGCCAUGAUGCUAGCACAACUCAUUAAUGAUGGAAGUCCCAUUGUGAGAAAGGAGCUGGUCGUUGCUCUUAGUCACCUAGUCGAACAGUAUGAGAGUAAUUUCUGUACUGUGGCUCUGCAGUUCAUGGAGGAAGAGAAAAACUAUGCUGUACCCUCUCCUGCAAAUUCCACAGAGACAGGAAAUGUUACCCCGGGUAGGGACAGUCCUGCCAUCCCUCGUUUACGAUCAGUGAACUCCUAUACAAACCUAAGAGCUGCCACCACUGCUCGAACCCUCAAUAAGAGUCUUCAGAACCUCAAUCUCAAUGAGGAGGGUGGACCGGCAGCAUUCUCUCCAGGGAACCUGAGCACCAGCAGCAGUGCCAGCAGUACUUUGGGCAGCCCUGAUAAUGAUGAAUACCUUCUCUCCUUUGAAACCAUCGACAAGAUGAGGAGAGUCAGCUCGUACUCUUCCUUGAAUUCUCUCAUUGGAGUGUCUUUUAACAGUGUAUAUACUCAGAUUUGGAGGGUGCUACUGCAUCUUGCAGUUGAUCCAUUUCCAGAUGUCUCUGAUCUGGCCAUGAAGGUUCUCAACAGCAUCGCAUACAAGGCCACCAUGAACGCUCGUACACAGAGGAUUCUGGACUCAGGAUCUCUGACCCAAUCAGCACCUGCCAGCCCCACCAGCAAAGGAACAUUCAUACAUCAAGCAGGAUCCAAACGCUCUUCAUCUCCCUCCAGCGGAUCUCCACCUAUGCCUGGUGUCUCCAGCUCCAGCCUCAUCAAUGAAGUGCCCAAACCGCCGGUCCGAGAGGGGCCGCCCUCUCGUCCACCAUACACACCAACGCUGGGUGGUCAGGCGCCCCACUCACAGCAGUUCCCACGCACCAGGAAGAUGUUUGACAAGGGCCCUGAUCAGACUGCUGAGGAUGGAGAUGAGGCCGCUGCUCACAGGAGCUUCAUCAGUGUGAGUCUGCAGAUGGGUCUUUGUGACUGGAGUGCCAAAUACUUUGCUCAGCCCGUCAUGAAGAUUCCAGAGGAGCAUGAUUUGGAGAGUCAGGUUCGUAAGGAGAGAGAGUGGAGAUUCUUACGCAACGCACGAGUACGCAGACAAAGCCAAUGCAUCACUCAAAGAGGAGUGACACGGUUAGAUGAUCAGAUCUUCAUUAACAGAAACCCAGGUGUUCCAUCAGUGGUGAAGUUUCAUCCAUUUAACCCCUGCAUCGCUGUAGCUGAUAAAGACUCAAUCUGUUUUUGGGACUGGGAGAAAGGAGAGAGGUUGGAUUAUUUCUACAAUGGGAACCCACGAUACACACGCAUUACAGCUAUGGAGUACCUUAAUGGGCAUGACUGCUCUCUCCUCCUCACUGCCACUGAUGAUGGAGCUUUGCGAAUUUGGAAGAACUUUGCUGACCAGAGGAAUCCCGAGAUGGUCACAGCGUGGCAGGGGCUGUCCGACAUGCUGCCCACUACACGAGGUUUGACCCGACGGGUCUCAAUCUAUCUUGACAGAAGUAAGCAGGGAGGUGCAGGUAUGGUGGUGGACUGGGAGCAGGAGACUGGCCUCUUGAUGACGUCAGGUGAUGUUCGAGUCAUACGUAUCUGGGACACAGAAAGGGAAAUGAAAGUGCAGGACAUCCCAACAGGAGCAGACAGCUGUGUGACCAGCCUGUCAUGUGAUCCUCAGCGGUCACUGGUAGCUGCAGGUCUUGGAGACGGAUCGGUUCGAGUGUACGACCGCAGAAUGGGACCUAACGAAUGUCGUGUGAUGACUUAUAGGGAACACGGUGCUUGGGUGGUGAAGGCACGUCUGCAGAAGGAGCCUGAGGGACACAUUAUCAGUGUCAGUGUUAAUGGAGAUGUGCGGUUCUUUGACCCACGGACACCAGAAUCAAUUAACAUCUUGCAGACAGUGAAAGGACUGACAGCUCUGGACAUCCAUCCACAGGCAAACUUGUUCGCUUGUGGCUCUAUGAAUCAGUUUAUAGCUGUGUAUAACUCCAAUGGGGAUGUGAUCAGCAACAUUAAAUACUAUGAUGGUUUCAUGGGGCAGAGAAUUGGAGCCAUCAGCUGCCUGGCCUUCCACCCUUACUGGCCUCAUCUUGCCGUGGGCAGUAAUGACUACUACAUGUCAAUCUACUCAGCAGAGAAGAGACUCAGAUAAUAUCAUGACCGCUCACCUUUGACCCCUGCUGCCCCCCUUGGAUGUAAAUGACUUCCUGUAAAUAUGCAACAACCACAAUGAAUGUCUAAAGAAGGCUGCUGAAUCCACACAUGAUGACUAUAUUAAAACCAUUAUUAUUAUUAUUCUCAACAUAAUUCUCAUUAUGGAUUUAUUGAUUAUAGACUAGGCUGUGCAGAGGAGUGAGUACUAUUUAAAUUGUAUAUAAAGAUCUAAAAACAAAUCUUUAUGGUUUGGCCAAUGCUAGCCAACUUUUUCUUGGAACUGAUAACCUCCUGCAGAGUCAGAGAGGUUGAAGACAAGAGACUAGGAAAUGACGAACUUCCCUAUGCUCUGUGUUCAAGGCUGACUGCGGAAGGCCUAUUGUUCAGUGGGUUCUCUAUGAAGCCCCGUGCCUCGUCAUAUCUCUGCUGAAGUACAGUGAGAUGUGCUCUUCUGAAAAACUCUGUCAAUCUUGCUGUAGAUCCAUAGUUUUUAAGUGUGCAGGCAUGCAAUUCGUGUGAAGAAAUAGCCAACAGAUGUGGUGUUCUUACUCACCAAUCACAACCUCCCUCACACAUGCAUGCUUAACAUGUUCACACACACACUAUGCCAAACCCUCUCUGCAUCAAAACACAGCAAUUUAUUAUAGUUUUAUACCUCAACAUCACAUAGAACUCUGAUCUCAAAGCACUGGACACGGAUAACAGGGCCUGCUGUUCAUUUGCAUCCACACUAAGAACUGUGGAGCCUGGGAGAAACACAAGGUUCUUAAAGAUAAGCUCACAUUAUCAGGAUAAAGAUUUGUAUAGAUUUCACGACAGAAAUGUAAAGAUAAGAGAGAGUGAGUUUGCCAUCUAUUUUUGCCUGGGCAGUACAAUAACCAAGUUUUACAAGGUUGUUUUUUUUUCUUUACUUCUUGUUUUGCAUUCAAGAGUCAUAUGUAAUAGUUUUUCUCUCUUUACACACAUAGCCCACUAAAAUUGUGCCAGAGCCUCUAUUUUAGUUAGUUAAAAGAAAUAUCUGUUCUCCAUGCUGGAAAUGCCACAUUACCUACUUUAGCAGCGCCAAAGCUUUUGUUCUCUUGAGCUAGUGGUCACCAUCUUCAUCAUCAUCACAUUUUGUGUUUUACAGAGGUUUCAUCUGUGUCCCACAACUGUGCACAAUUUUGAUUUGUUUACUCAAGAAUGAAAAUGAAAGUGUUUACUAAAAGCCUGAAGGGGUAGUUCACCCAAAUAUGAACAUU